GUUAAGAAAACCAACUAUUGGUACACUAGGGGUAUAUUGGGAAAUAUAAUACGAAAAGGUCUCUUCUGAUUUUAGUACCAAAAUUCCAUUUUCGAAAACAACCAAUAGAAGACUACGACCUCCACCAAUCCAUCAGAGGUCAACAGUCAACACCCAAUUCCUAAAUUUCAAUCCCACUUUCCACUUACUGAUUUCAACAAUAGAGCUUUUUGGGAGUAGCUAUAAUGGUGAAAUUCGAAUUGGGUUACUUUUUAUUCUUCAUUUUGAUUAUUGGAACUGCAAAUGGGGGAAUUGAAGGAGUAAUCAAAGUGAAUUACAAGUUUUCCGGUUCUGAACGGACUCUCACUGCCCUAAAAGCCCAUGAUGAAAAGCGCCAUCUCAGACUUCUCGCCGGCGUCGACCUACCUAUCGGCGGCACCGGCCGUCCUGAUUCCGUCGGGCUUUACUAUGCUAAGAUUGGAAUCGGAACACCAUCAAAUGAUUAUUAUGUGCAAGUGGAUACCGGAAGCGACAUAAUGUGGGUUAACUGUGUUGGAUGCGAUCAAUGCCCCAGAAGAGGAUAUCAUGGUCUGGAGCUAGCAUUCUACAAUCGAAAGGAUUCUCUCUCUGGUAAAUUAAUUUCUUGUGGACACCAGUUCUGCAAGGACGUAAAUGGAGGCUCGGUAUCAGGCUGCUAUGGUAAUAAUUCAUGUUAUUUUAAUGAAAAUUACGGAGAUGGAAGCUUUAGUAUGGGCUACUUUGUGGAGGACGUUGUUCAAUAUGAUCUGGUGUCUGGUGAUCUCCAAACUAACUCAACAAAUGGAACUGUAAUUUUUGGGUGUGGGGGUACACAAUCUGUAGAUCUAAGGUCCGCAGAUGACGCUCUUGAUGGGGUUUUGGGAUUUGGGAAAUCGAAUUCAUCCAUGCUUUCCCAGCUGGCUUCAUCUGGAAAAGUGAAGAAAAUGUUUGCUCAUUGCUUGGAUGGUGUAAAUGGUGGUGGUAUAUUUGCCAUUGGGAACGUUGUCAAACCAAAAGUAACCAUGACACCAUUAGUACCGAACCAGCAACACUACAAUGUCAAUAUGACAGCUGUUGAAGUUGGUUUUCAAUUUCUAAACCUCUCUGCUGAAGUAUUUACAAAUGGAGUGAACAAGGGAGUUAUUAUUGACAGUGGAACAACCUUGGCUUAUCUUCCUGAGGUGAUUUAUGGGCCACUAGUGAAAAAGAUACUGUCCUGGCAACCUGAUCUGAGAUUGCGUACAGUUAAUGAUGAGUAUACAUGCUUUGGAUACUCUGGAAGUGUUGAUGAUGGAUUCCCUCAAGUCAAUUUUCAUUUUGAAAAUUUUCUUUCUUUAAGAGUUCGUCCACAUGAGUAUCUAUUCCCUUUCGAAGAUUUAUUUUGCAUCGGAUGGCAGAAUAGUGGCAGUCUAUCUCGUGACAAAUGGAACCUCACGGUUUUUGGAGAUUUGGUUCUCUCAAAUAAGCUAGUCUUGUAUGAUCUUGAAAAGCAGUCCAUUGGUUGGACCGAAUAUAACUGCUCGUCGAGCAUCGGAUUGAAGGAUGAAAUUACUGGUUCAGUACAUUUAGUAGGAGCUCAUUCCCUUUCUGGUGCUUCUAGUUUGACUGCUCAAAUGGCUCUAACCUUGUCGUUAUUAGUAGCUCUGCUGCACUACUCACUAUUUAACGGGGAAAGCUGACAUGAAUAGUUGCUUCCAGUACUUGAGACUCAGGUUAAGAAGCUUUUAUGCUGAAAGGGAUUCUUCAAGUAUGGACACAGCACAGCAAAUCACUGGAUAUCAAGUAGGAGUGUGCAUAUUUUACAUACAUGAUUGGCUGAUGAUAGGAAAACUAAGAUACUGAACUUGGGAAGGUGCCUUUUUUAUUUGCUUUAUAGAACAAUUAAUAGACCACUCCAUUUUUAUAUGAAGUUGGGUUGUAAAACGCAUGAUGUAAAUAGAUCUCUGUACAUAUUCUUACGGAUAAUGUUUGGACUCUUCAAAAAUAUCGUCGUGUUUGCGUUCUAGCAACAUGGUAGACACUUU